AUCCAUGGCUUCCUGCAUCAGCUAUUUGCCUUGUAAGUGAACUCUCUCUCUCCCCACUCUCCGCCUCUCACCUCUGUCCUCCGAAGGACGAAUAGGCAAGGCACCACUUCAUCUCCACGAUCACUGUGCGACUCUCGAAGCAGGGGAGGCCAUUGCCACUGACCAACAAAAGUGAAGAGGAGUACACAUCUGCAUGCAGUUCCUGUCCUUUUUCUUUCAAGUUUUCAGCACCCCUUGCGACCCCCCACACCAGGACUAGGAUCAUCUCCAUUUGCAAUUCUGCUUCAAUUUUGUAAUGAAGAGGCCCGCUAGCAGCCGGAAAUCCAAAAAACCAGGAGAGAAGCUGGCGUUCGCUGAGGAGGACAGCUUGGUUGCGGCGACCAUGGAGCAGCAAGACGAAGCCGAUCUGGAGGACGUGGACGAUGCCGACGACGACGAAGACAUGGCCGGCGGGCACGCGGCGCCGUCAUCGUCGUCGUGUGGGCUGGGCGAGAAGAAGCGGCGGCUGGCGCUGGAGCAGGUGCGCGCACUGGAGCGGAGCUUCGAGACGGACAACAAGCUGGACCCUGACCGCAAGGCCCGCAUCGCGCGCGACAUCGGCUUGCAGCCGCGGCAGGUCGCCGUCUGGUUUCAGAACCGCCGCGCCAGGUGGAAGACGAAGCAGCUGGAGCGCGACUUCGCCGCACUCCGCUCCCGCCACGACGCCCUCCGCGCCGACUGCGACGCCCUACGCCGCGACAAGGACGCCCUCGCCGCCGAGAUACGUGAGCUGAGGGAGAAGUUGUCCAAGCCUGCAGACACCAAGGCGGCCUCCGUGAAGGUCGAGGCCGGCAAUGACGCGGCGACCGGCGCCGCGGCCACCACGGCGUGCAAGGACGGCUCAUCGGACGACAGCGACUCCAGCGUGGUGUUCAACGAAGAGCCGUCCCCGUACUCCGGCGCGGCCUUCGAGCAGCAUCCGCAGCAGCAGCAGCCAGGCUUCAUUGGAUUCGCCGCAUCGUUCUUGGACACGCCCGCGGCAACCUUGGGCUGCUCGUCGCUCCCGGCGCUCGAGUCCAAAUGGCACGGUUCGUACUCCUACGACUCGUACAAAGGUGGCGGCUAUGCCUUCACGGAGGAAUGGCUCGCUGCCUCCGGCGAGGUGGGCAACGACGCCGCGAGCUUCUUCUCCGACGAGCACGUUUCCAACCUCAACUUCGGUUGGUGCGCGAGUGGCAACGAGGGAUGGUAACGAGAUUUUGAUCUCCACGUUUUAGUGUUAAAAAUCGAGGGGGUAGUAGCGCUGUGCAUAACCGCAUUGCAUGCUUUGGAUGGAGCACGUAUUUUUAGUUUCUUUUACUCUACUCAUGUACCGCCGUAGUAGCAAAUUGAGGCAGGGUAAUUAACGAAGGAUCAAGGAUGUAAAUUAAAUUAUAAGGCCAUCGUUCCUCGCAUUUGGCUUGUAGUAUCGUCAUUGACGCAGUCAAGCAGCAAAUAGCUCAGGACUGCAAAGCAUAGUUGUCUGCGAUUUACUUACGGCAUGUGGUAUAAAUCGGAUAUUGUAAAUUAA